UGCUGAAAGCCUCCUGUCUUUUACAGCUGAAGUGUCCUUUGCUUUUCAUCACCCUCUGAUUUUUGUCUUCUGUGGCUGGAUUUUUGGCAGUGUUUGGCUUAAGCAAAUAGGAUUACAUUUCAGUAGCUGAUGGUUUCUAGUCGAGGAAUGUGCUAAAUGUCGGACGUGAUGAAGAUUGCACAAAAAAAUAUUUCUGUGAAGCACAGGAAAAUUAUUCGAGUCGAGCAAAGGAAGAAGACAUUCUGCAAAUGCAAGCAGGGCUGCUAGAAAUGCAAAAUUCAACAGAUUUGGAAUGGGUUGCACUACAAGUGUGGUUCUGUUUAAAGGCAUUCGUACAGUUUUUGAGAGAAACUGUGGCUAUAUUUGCAAACAGCAAGGGGAAAACAAUGCCCUUGAAUACACAGCAUUCAGCUUGCCAAAUGAAGAUUCAGGAAUACUGAUUCAUUCAUCCCUGGCAAAACCAAAGCUCAUAGAACCAAUAGACUACGAAAAUGUCAUCGUUCAGAGGAAAACACAGAUUUUGAAUGAUGGUUUACGUGAGAUGCUACUAUUCCCUUAUGAUGACUUUCAGACAGCAUUACUGAAACGGCAGAGUCGAUACAUUCGUUCAACAGUUCCUGAAAAUGCAGAGAAGGAAGCCCAAAGCUUGUUUGUAACUGAGUGCAUCAAAACCUACAAUUCAGACUGGCAUGUUGUUAACUAUAGAUAUGAAGAUUACUCAGGAGAGUUUCGACAGCUUCCAAAUAAGGGGACAAAAUCGGAGAAGCUUCCAGUUCAUUUAUAUGAAGUGGAUGAAGAAGCAGAUAAAGAUGAGGAUGCAGCAUCUCUUGGCUCUCAGAAAGGUGGAAUAACAAAACAAGGAUGGCUGUACAAAGGCAACAUGAAUAGUGCAAUCAGUGUGACAAUGAGAUCAUUUAAAAGAAGAUUUUUCCACUUAAUCCAACUUGGUGAUGGAUCCUAUAAUCUCAAUUUCUACAAAGAUGAGAAAAUAUCGAAAGAACCUAAAGGAUCGAUAUUUCUUGAUUCAUGCAUGGGAGUGGUUCAGAACAAUAAAGUCAGACGUUUUGCAUUUGAGCUCAAGAUGCAAGACAAGAGUAGUUACCUUUUGGCUGCAGAUAGUGAACUUGAAAUGGAAGAAUGGAUAAACACUCUGAACAAAAUCCUUCAGCUUAACUUUGAGGCUGCAAUGCAAGAAAAAAGAAAUGGAGAGUCUCAUGAAGAUGAUGAACAAAUCAAAAUGGAAAGCUCAUCAAGUGGUUUUGAUAACUACUAUCCUGAAAUUGCAAAGAGUACCAGAGAAGCAGAAAUCAAGUUAAAAAGUGAAAGCAGAGUUAAACUUUUUGUCUUGGAUCCAGAUGCACAGAAACUUGACUUUUCUGGUAUUGAACCAGAAGUGAAGCCAUUUGAAGAGAAAUUUGGAAAAAAAAUUCUUGUGAAGUGUAACGAUUUAUCUUUUAAUUUGCAAAGCUGUGUUGCGGAAAAUGAAGAAGGACCGACGACAAACGUAGAACCUUUUUUUGUUACAUUAUCACUAUUUGAUAUUAAAAACAACCGGAAGAUUUCAGCAGAUUUCCAUGUUGAUUUGAACCACACCUCAGUAAGGCACAUGAUAUCCAGUGCAUCUCAACAAAUGAUGAAUGGCAGUGGUGAUAGCUUACACAGAAUUCAAGACAUUCAUGAAACUGUGUUACAAUAUCCAAAGCAGGGAAUAUUCUCAGUCACAUGUCCUCAUACAGAUAUUUUCCUUGUGGCUAGAAUAGAAAAAGUACUACAGGGAAGUAUUACACAUUGUGCUGAACCAUAUAUGAAAAGUUCAGAUUCUUCAAAGGUUGCACAGAAGGUUUUGAAGAACGCUAAGCAGGCAUGCCAGAGAUUAGGUCAAUAUAGAAUGCCUUUUGCCUGGGCAGCUAGGACGUUGUUUAAAGAUGCCUCAGGAACCCUGGACAGAAAUGCAAGAUUUUCUCCUCUCUUCAGACAAGACAGUAAUAAACUUUCAAAUGAAGACAUGCUGAAAUUGUUAGCAGAUUUCAGGAAACCUGAAAAGAUGGCCAAACUUCCUGUUAUUUUAGGAAAUCUGGAUGUUACAAUUGAUAACGUGUCACCAGAUUUUCCAAAUUAUGUUAACUCGUCAUACAUUCCAGUGAAACAGUUUGAAAACAGUACCAAGGCAUUAAUAACAUUUGAAGUAGAGGAAUUUGUUCCCUGUAUACCAAAACACACUCAGCCUUUCACCAUCUACAACAAUCAUCUUUAUGUUUAUCCAAAGCACUUGAAAUACGACAGUCAAAAGUCUUUUGCAAAGGCUAGAAACAUUGCAGUAUGCAUUGAGUUCAAGGAUUCUGAUGAAGAGGAUUCUUUGCCUUUGAAGUGUAUCUAUGGCAGGCCAGGUGGACCAGUAUUUACUAGAAGCGCGUUUGCUGCUGUUCUGCAUCACCAUCAAAAUCCAGAGUUUUAUGAUGAGAUUAAAAUAGAAUUGCCCACUCAGUUACAUGAAAAGCACCAUUUGUUGUUCACCUUCUACCAUGUCAGCUGUGAUACUUCAAGCAAAGGGAGUACGAAGAAGAAAGAUGUUGUUGAAACACAAGUUGGGUAUUCUUGGCUUCCUCUAAUAAAAGAUGGAAGAGUGGUGACCAAUGAGCAACACAUCCCAGUAUCAGCAAAUCUUCCGUCAGGCUAUCUGAAUUAUCAAGAAGUGGGGGUUGGAAAGCAUUCUGGUCCUGAAAUUAAGUGGGUAGAUGGAGGCAAACAACUGUUAAAAAUAUCCACUCAUCUGGUGUCAACUGUGUAUACGCAGGACCAGCACUUGCAUAAUUUUUUUCAGUACUGUCAGAAAACAGAGUCUGGAGCUCGUGCACUAGGAACUGAUCUCGUAAAAUAUCUGAAGAGCCUUCAUGCUAUGGAAGGCCAUGUGAUGAUAGCUUUCCUGCCAACUGUUCUAAACCAGUUGUUUAGAGUUCUCACUAGAGCAACUCAAGAGGAAGUUGCAGUCAAUGUGACAAGGGUUAUUAUCCAUAUUGUUGCUCAGUGCCAUGAAGAAGGAUUGGAUAGCUACCUGAGGUCUUAUGUCAAGUAUGCUUAUAAAGCUGAACCCUAUGUUGCUUCUGAAUAUAAGACAGUACAUGAAGAAUUGGCAAAGUCCAUGACAACAAUUUUAAAGCCAUCUGCUGACUUUCUUACAAGCAACAAGCUACUUAAGUAUUCUUGGUUUUUCUUUGAAGUUCUGAUAAAAUCAAUGGCUCAGCAUUUGAUAGAAAACUCUAAAGUGAAGCUGUUGCGAAACCAGAGAUUUUCCGCUUCUUUUCAUCAUGCAGUUGAAACAGUUGUUAAUAUGCUGAUGCCACACAUCACUCAGAAGUACAGAGACAAUUCAGAGGCUUCAAAAAAUGCAAACCAUAGCCUUGCUGCCUUUAUAAAAAGGUGUUUUACUUUUAUGGAUAGAGGCUUUGUUUUCAAGCAAAUCAAUAACUACAUCAGCUGCUUUGCCCCCGGAGAUCCCAAGACUCUUUUUGAAUUCAAAUUUGAAUUUCUUCGUGUAGUCUGUAAUCAUGAGCAUUACAUACCUUUGAAUCUACCAAUGCCAUUUGGAAAAGGCAGAGUUCAGAGAUACCAAGACCUUCACCUGGACUAUUCAUUAACCGACGAGUUCUGUCUAAAUCAUUUCUUAGUGGGACUGCUUCUAAGGGAGGUGGGCAAUGCAUUGCAAGAGUUCAGAGAUGUGCGGCAAAUUGCUAUCAGUGUGCUCAAGAAUUUGAUGAUAAAACAUUGUUUUGAUGACAGAUAUGCUUCCAGGAGCCAUCAGGCAAGAAUAGCCACUAUGUAUUUGCCACUCUUUGGACUGCUCAUAGAAAAUGUUCAGCGAAUCAAUGUUAAAGAUGUGUCUCCUUUUCCUGUUAACCCUUCCAGCAACCAGAGUGCAAAGGAUGAUGCACUUAAUUUGCCAACUGCAAGUCAGCUAGUAACACCACAAAAAUCAGGAAACACAUUGGAUAACAAUCUUCCUAAAGAUCUGUUUGGUGUUAUCUCUGGCAUUGCUUCCCCAUACACCACAUCAACUCCAAAUAUUAAUAGCGUGAGGAGUGCUGACUCAAGAGGCUCUCUUAUAAGUACAGACUCGGGAAACAGUCUACCAGAAAGACACAGUGAGAAGAGCAAUUCCCUUGACAAGAAUCAACAGAGCAGCACUUUAGGAAGUUCUGUAGUUCGAUAUGACAAACUGGACCAAGCAGAGAUCAAGAGUCUGCUCAUGUGUUUCCUUCACAUUUUAAGAAGUAUGUCAGAAGAUGCAUUGUUUACAUAUUGGAACAAGGCUACAAAAUCUGAACUCAUGGACUUUUUCACGAUUACAGAAGUAUGCUUACAUCAGUUCCAGUACAUGGGAAAACGAUACAUAGCCAGAACAGGAAUGAUGCAUGCCAGAUUGCAGCAGCUGAGCAGCCUGGAUAACUCUCUCACUUUUAACCACAGCUAUGGUCAUUCAGAUGCAGAUGUUCUUCACCAGUCGUUACUUGAAGCAAAUAUUGCCACUGAAGUUUGCCUUACAAUUCUGGAUACUCUGUCAUUAUUCACAAUGGCUUUUAAGAAUCAACUACUGACUGAUCAUGGGCAUAAUCCACUGAUGAAGAAAGUAUUUGAUGUAUACCUCUGCUUCCUUCAAAAGAAUCAAUCUGAAACAGCAUUGAAAAAUGUCUUCAUUGCUUUAAGGGCACUUAUUUUUAAGUUUCCCUCUACAUUUUAUGAAGGUAGAGCUGAUAUGUGUUCUGCACUGUGCUAUGAAAUUCUGAAGUAUUGUAAUUCCAAACUGAGUUCAAUUCGUACUGAAGCUUCACAGUUACUGUACUUCUUAAUGAGAAAUAAUUUUGAUUACACAGGGAAGAAAUCUUUUGUCAGGACACAUCUGCAGGUUAUUAUUUCAGUAAGCCAGUUGAUUGCUGAUGUUGUUGGAAUUGGAGGAACUAGAUUUCAGCAGUCUCUUUCCAUCAUCAAUAAUUGUGCCAAUAACGACAGAAUUAUAAAGCACACUACAUUCCCUUCUGAUGUUAAGGAUUUAACAAAACGAAUUCGUACAGUACUGAUGGCUACAGCUCAGAUGAAGGAGCAUGAGAACGAUCCAGAAAUGCUUGUAGACCUCCAGUACAGUUUGGCAAAGUCUUAUGCUAGUACACCUGAACUGAGGAAGACAUGGUUAGACAGCAUGGCAAGGAUCCAUGUUAAAAAUGGAGAUCUUUCAGAGGCAGCAAUGUGUUAUGUCCAUGUAGCAGCACUGGUUGCAGAAUAUCUCACACGAAAAGGGAUGUUUAGGCAAGGUUGUACUGCUUUCAGAGUAAUCACACCUAAUAUAGAUGAAGAGGCUUCAAUGAUGGAGGAUGUUGGAAUGCAAGAUGUUCACUUCAAUGAAGAUGUGCUGAUGGAAUUGUUGGAGCAGUGUGCUGAUGGACUCUGGAAGGCAGAACGCUAUGAACUCAUUGCUGACAUAUAUAAACUUAUAAUUCCUAUUUAUGAAAAACGGAGAGAUUUUGAGAGGCUUGCUCAUUUAUAUGACACCCUUCAUCGAGCAUACAGUAAAGUAACAGAAGUUAUGCAUACAGGCAAGAGACUGCUGGGAACUUAUUUCAGAGUAGCAUUCUUUGGACAGGCAGCGCAAUACCAGUUUACAGACAGUGAAACAGAUGUUGAGGGAUUCUUUGAGGAUGAAGAUGGAAAGGAAUAUAUCUACAAAGAGCCUAAACUCACACCUCUCUCAGAAAUUUCCCAAAGACUCCAAAAACUCUACUCUGACAAAUUUGGAUCUGAAAAUGUCAAAAUGAUUCAGGAUUCUGGCAAAGUCAAUCCUAAGGAUUUAGAUUCAAAAUAUGCAUAUAUUCAAGUUACACAUGUAAUUCCAUACUUUGAAGAAAAAGAGUUACAAGAAAGAAAGACAGAUUUUGAAAGGACUCAUAACAUUCGUCGCUUUAUGUUUGAGAUGCCUUUUACUCAAGCUGGUAAAAGACAAGGAGGAGUAGAAGAACAGUGUAAGCGACGGACUAUUUUGACAGCUAUACAUUGUUUCCCAUAUGUGAAAAAGCGCAUUCCAGUAAUGUACCAGCACCAUACCGAUUUAAACCCAAUUGAAGUAGCCAUUGAUGAAAUGAGUAAAAAAGUUGCAGAACUUAGGCAGCUUUGCUCUUCAGCUGAUGUAGAUAUGAUCAAAUUGCAGCUGAAGCUACAAGGAAGUGUCAGUGUUCAGGUUAAUGCUGGUCCAUUAGCAUACGCAAGAGCUUUCUUAGAUGACACAAACACCAAAAGAUAUCCAGACAAUAAAGUAAAGCUACUAAAGGAAGUUUUUAGACAAUUUGUUGAAGCUUGUGGGCAUGCUCUGGGUGUUAACGAACGACUUAUAAAGGAAGAUCAGUUGGAAUAUCAAGAAGAAAUGAAGGCCAACUACAGAGAAAUGGCAAAAGAGCUUUCUGAAAUAAUGCAUGAACAAAUUACUCCGGUUGAAGAAAAGGCCAGCGUUAUGCCUAAUUCGCUACACAUUUUUAACGCCAUAAGUGGAACUCCGACAAGCACAACAGUUCAUGGGAUGCCCAGUUCUUCUUCAGUUGCAUGAUUGUUUUGUAAAGGGAAGUAUGUUCGUUCUUUUUAAAGUAUGUGGAUUUGCUUCGUUGUGUGCAAACUCAGGAUGAUUUUGAAGCUAAAUGUUGGGCACGUGCAAGCUGCAUAAUUCAUAUGAAUGUCUGAGCACACUUAGCAAAUAGCAGUUACUGGUAAUAGUCUUUUAGAGUAAGGGAGGCGCACAUAUAUUUUUUAAUCUUGCUGGUAACGUUUGAAAGUAUUCACAAUGUCAUUGCAGAAGUGCGUGUUGGAAAAUUAUAAAGUUGAAGUUAAUUUCUCUUUUUCAUUAGAAAGUAUUAUUAAAAUUAAUUGCACAUUACAAAAAAGUGUUGUGGGAUGUAAUUUUGCAGAUAUGUAACAUUCAGGUGUUCUUUUUGUGUAUGGCACAUAGAGAUUGAUUCCAAGUACAAGAACUAUUUUGGGGCUAGACAGAGACACUAGUUUUUUGGGUUUAAUGGAACUGACAAUAGUAGUUUUUGUACCAUUUGGCAAAUUGUUGUGCUUUAUUUUAUACCUUGUUGCAUUUUGGAGGUAUGUGAGCUUAGAGCUUAUUAAACAACUACAUACAACCAAAGGUCUGUAUUAAUGAACACUGAGUUAUACUAAAAUAUCA